UGACUUUAUCACAAAAUUAUGGUACGAUUAACGUUGGAGCUUAUUGCUAGAAGCCUUAAUCAAAAGAAUCGCAGAGAUGAAUCUUUGGCCCAACAUCUGAGGAAGCUAACACAUCUGAAAUUAUCUAAUAAAAAUAUAGAUGUCAUUGAUGAUCUUUCUUUGUGUAAAAAUCUUAAUGUCCUAUAUUUAUAUGAUAAUAAUAUUAGACAGAUACAUAACUUGGACUUUGCGACAAACCUAAGACAUCUGUACCUGCAGAACAACUGCAUUACACGAAUUGAAAAUCUAGAAUCUUUGAUAAGACUUGAAAAAUUAUAUUUGGGUGGCAACUGUAUCACUGUAGUGGAAGGAUUGGAAACUUUAGAGGAACUGAGAGAAUUGCAUGUUGAAAGCCAGCAGCUUCCCUUAGGAGAAAAACUCUUGUUUGAUCCAAGAAGUCUUCAUUCAUUAUCCAAAUCUUUAUCAGUUUUGAAUAUCAGCAAUAAUAAUAUUGAUGAAUUAAGUGACUUAUCCAUUCUGGAAAAUAUCUCCCAUCUUAUAGCUGUUGACAACCAACUUCAUCACAUAAAGGACUUGGAAUUUGUUCUGAGUAUAUGGACUAAGUUGUACAAAAUGGAGCUGAAUGGGAAUCCUGUUUGUCAUAAGCCAAAAUACCGAGAUAAAGUAAUACUGCAGUCAAAAUGUCUUGAAUUGCUGGAUGGAAAAGAAAUAAAAGAAAUGGAAAGACAGUUCCUGACAAAUUGGAAAGCCUCCAGAGAUGCCAGGAAGAAAAACAAAGUAGAAAGCUUCAUUAAUGAGCAUUCAUCAUAUUCACAUUUUGAUGACAAUGAUGCAGAACAUGCACAUUUUCCUAUUUACCACUUCCCAGUCUCCAGAGAGAUACACAGAACUCCUUAUAAUAAAGAAUUUCAGCCAGUAUAUGAAGAAAACAGAAAUAGUGAAAAAAUCAGCCAUUCAGCCUUGAAAACUUCUCAAAAUGAACAGAAAGAGCUAUUUGAACCUCAUCUCCUUAGACAAAUGCCUUUCUAAGCAGCUACUAGAAAGAUGUACUUCUAUAUUAUCAUCAGAACAAAAGAUGUGCUUCAGAACCAAAUGUGAAGAAAAAAUGUUUUUUUACUGCAAACAAAGUGAUAUUUCACAGUAUAAAAUGUUUUGUAUUACAGAUCCAAUGUAAGUUUAAGUAAAAAAGGGUUAAAAUAAUUUAACCUUAUGCAAAUAUAUUUUUAUAUUAAAAGUAGUAGCCAUCUUAAUUAAACCACUGGUUAAAC